AUGAAACUGCUCAGUGACCUUCCUACACCAUCAAAGCUUGGUGAACCUGAUGAAUGGAAUAAACAACAGAGAAAAAGACCUUUUUGCUUGAAUCAUCGCCCAACACAAGCUUCAAGUACUGUACCAGUUAGUCUCUAUUGUCCAACAAUCUUUGGAAAAUUCCAAGAAUGUUGUCAUGAGAAAGAUCCAGAAUAUGAGGAUAAUUUGUUUACCUACAACUUCUGCUGUAAAAUGGCUGAAUUUUAUCAGACAGAGGAAUCACGUCGGGAUGUUGCAAAUAAGAUGUUAUCUACAUAUCUUGGUCAUGCUGUGACACCACUCCAGCUCCCUGGAAAUCGCAGUACUGAUGGUACAAUAUGUGCAUUUACACCACAUGCCUAUCGUGAACUCAAUAUUGAAGCAAAGAAUGAGUGUUGCCAAUCCCUUACCUGUCCUUACCUUGAGAAUUGUGGAUAUUACUUAAAUAUUUGCAAAGAAUACCAAGACAUACCUUCCCAUCUACCAUGUUUCUUGGUUACAAUUGCAGGCCCUUCCUUUUCUGUCUCUGGUGCAGUACUUGCAGAUGUGGCUAUAGUUGAGCCACUUACUCCAACAUACCCACUCCUUUGGCUCAUAAAUAAUGACAUGAUGGUAACACUUUCCAAAACAUUCCAUGCUCUGAAGAUGUCUCUACAAGACUUAGACAAAUACUAUAAUGAACUUGAUCAUUCAUCUCCUCCAACCAUCAGACGUUUAUAUCCUUUAUUCCCUCAUGUGGUUGUAAACAAUGAGUUUUUUAGUAUCCAGGUUGAAUUCCAACUUGGUACUUAUCUUCUUUGGAGAGUAACACUUGUAGGAGAAAAAGGAUCACAGUUUGCAGCAUAUGUGAAAGCUGUUCGGAAGCAGCAAUAUUCACUUGACAUGCAUCAGUUCUUAGCAGAGAGUGGAUAUGCUCCAAAAAUCUUUGCCACAUCAGAAUCUGGUGGUUGGUUCUUUGUUUACAUGGAAUGUCUGGAUAAUCAUUUAAUGUUGCAUCAUGUCACUGCAGAACUUCAUGACAAGCAAGAGCAGAAAUCUUUGAUAGCACAAAUCAAGAAAGUUAUUGAGCAUUUGCACAACUCAGAAUAUGUGCAUGGUGACUUACGUGAAGGGAACAUUCUAGUUUGUCAACUUAGUGACCAUGAAAAAUUUGACAUAAAGCUGAUUGAUUUUGAAUGGUCUGGCAAGGUUGGUUCUGCACAUUAUCCACACUUCAUGAAUCAUGCUAGUAUUGAAUGGUCAGAUGGGGUAGGAGAUG